GACAGAUAUUGGAUAUUGGAAAUUGAAGAAGGGGUAGAGGGAAGUCAAACUUAGGCGGGACUCACGCUUUUAUUAUGAACAAUCUAAGGAAGUUAGCUAAUGUCGGCAUCGUAGGUGGAGGUUUUGUUGGUUCUGUUGCAGCUAUCGCAUUAGGUUUUUCCCAGUCAUUAUAUACUGUGGAUGGAGGUCAUCGAGCAAUUAUGUUUAGUCGCAUUGGUGGAGUGCAAGAUGAAAUAUAUAACGAAGGUUUACACUUCAGAAUACCCUGGUUUCAGUACCCCGUUAUAUAUGAUAUUAGAUCUCGACCACGAAAAGUUACGUCACCUACUGGUAGCAAAGAUCUUCAAACAAUUAACAUCACAUUGCGCGUGUUGUUUCGACCUGAAAUACCUCAACUCCCAUCAAUAUAUCGUACACUGGGUACUGAUUAUGACGAACGUGUUUUGCCAUCAAUAGUCAAUGAGGUUGUAAAGGCAGUUGUUGCAAAGUUUAAUGCUAGUCAGUUAAUUACUCAGCGUCAGCAGGUUUCAUUACUGAUUCGUAAACAGCUAGUUGAACGGGCUAUUGAUUUCCAUAUAAUCAUUGAUGAUGUUUCCAUCACUGACUUGACUUUUUCACAGGUUUACUCUGCUGCUGUUGAAGCUAAACAGAUUGCUUUACAAGAAGCACAACGUGCACAGUUCCUCGUAGAACGUGCAAAACAAGAACGUCAGCAAAAGAUAGUUACUGCUGAAGGUGAGGCCCAGGCUGCGAAACUUAUUGGUGAUGCCCUUUCCCAGAACCCUGGGUAUCUUAAGCUUCGAAAAAUAAAAGCAGCAACGCAAAUUGCUAGAACGAUUGCUCAAUCUCAAAACCGUGCAUUUUUAGAUUCUGGCUCUUUAAUCCUCAAUGUUGCUGAUCCUAAAUUCGAUGCUGGUCUGGAUAUUCUAAAGAAAAAAUAAAUCGAAUUGUUGCAUAGUAUUGGCACUUUUAAAACCUUUAGACUAGCAUUUCCAAAUGUGUUUUGCUUCAUAUGUCACGUUUUUCGAUUUAAUUGAACACACAAACUUCCUGUGAAUAUUUUUAGUGUACAGGCGAAUAAAAGAUAUAACGUUA